GCCCCCCAUGGAGUUGACCAUUUGUCCACCACUAUGACCUUUGCAUCCCCGCUGGAUGAGACUCUGGACAGGGAAGUGUUGCUGAUGCUGCAGGGGCCGAGCCCUGAUCACAUGGCUCUAGAGUUCAAGAGCCUCAUAAACAAACUGAAAAGGGAUUUCAGAGCAGAGAUGGACUCUGUCUUAUCUAUAGUUAGAGGCUUGCUGGACGACCACGCGCAGCCAGGGGGCAACAAAGACACCAGUCUCCAGACCGUGCAGGCCAAGCUGGAUGCGAGGAGGGCAGACUGGGCCAUCAGCCUGGACCAGCUGGCCCAGUACACAGACUCCCUAGAGAAGGAGCUGAUCAAAAUGGCCAGUAAUAUGAGGAGGUCCCGCACUGAAAUCCUGCACCUUUCAGUCAGGGUGCAGGAGCAGGAGAACCAGAAGCGGCAGCUGUGUGAGGAGCUGGAGCAGCUAAAGACACCUCAGGACAGCAGAGAGGCCUCAUGCCAGACACCUGCACCAGAGGAAGAGCCUGGAGAUGACUUGGACUGGGAUGAGGAGUUCGCCCUUCAAGACUUCCUGAAGAACGAGUUAGUGGAGAGGAAUUGCAGAGAACAGUGCAGGCAAACAGACAGAAAGCCCGAAGAAACGGCAGAUAAAUUAACAGACAGAGGUGAAGAGGAAGACGGGGAGGAGAAGUGGAUGGUGAUUGACACAGCAGGAGAGGGAGAAGUAAGGGACACGUCCACUCCUCUGUCUGCCCUCUCUGGGGAGGUCCAGCGUGGACACGGUGCAACAGAAGAGGGUGAAGACUUGGGAACCUGCACAGAGUCAGAACCAGAGGUGAACUGUCAGUCUUUGCAGGAAGAGGCAGCAGUGCCAUUGAACACCCACUCACAAGCUGUCAGCAUUAGACACCCAGAGGCGGAUGCUCUCCGUGAUCUGUCCCACUCGGAGAACAACAAUGAAGAGGCUCCUGACACUGCAGAGUCUCAAUUCUGUGGUCCAGUCCAAAGUCUGAACAACUCACCUGAACAGGACCAAACGGUCACACUUAGUAACACCCCUUCCACAGCCGAGAUGGUUCCUCCUGUCAGUACAUUACCUGGACCAGAUGAGACCAUUAUGUCCACUGAAAGCACCCAGCUAACCAGUGAGGACCACACCGGACAAGAAGAGAAAGGAGGAGAGGCAGCCUUGAGCGUGGGAGCCAUGAGGCGCACUAAGAGCCUGAGCCAGGACCAGUCAGUAGACAGUUCAGCAGUGGAGGACAGUGCGUGUCUGCUACCUGUGUUAGUGGAAGAGGAGGAGAGUGUGCAGGACAGUACAUCCGAGGCUCCAACAAUAGCUGCCAGCAUGGAAGGGACAGACCAGCUCACCAGCAGCGGAGCAACCACCUUCUCGGACAGCAGCUCUCCUCUGUCAAAAUCAGCCUUCACUAAUGCCAGCCAAUCAGGGAGUGGCAUGGGCAGCGUGACCUCUGAACCCAGCCAAUCGGAGGAUAGUGCAGCCAAAAAGAACUCUCUCUCCCUCUGUGGCAAAAAUAAGAAGGAAUUGGAGCUGUCACGCACCAUGGAGGUCAUUGAGGAGCACAUAGUUCAAGAGGACCAAAGAGAGACCAGCAUGGCCACUGAGAAGGAAUCUGAGACAUCAAUGAACUUGGAUACCAGUGACAACUUCAAAGAGGACAAGGGCCUGUCACCUAGUGACAAGGAGAUUGAGACAGAGUUCCAGCGUCUGGCAUUGGGCUUUAAGUGCGACAUGUUCACUCUGGAGAAGAGACUCCGGCUGGAGGAGAGGUCACGUGACCUGGCUGAGGACAACGUCCGCAGAGAGGUGUCCAGCUGCCAGGGCUUACUGCAGGCUCUGACUCCUCUGUGUGAGGACGACAACCAGUCCAUGGAGAUCAUUCACAGGCUCCAGAAGAACCUGGAAAUCCUCAUCCAGUCCAUGAUUAGGGUGUCCAGUCGCUCUGAGAUGCUAGGGGCUAUCCACCAGGAGAGUCGUAUUGGUAAGGCUGUGGAGGUGAUGAUCCAGCAUGUGGAGAACCUGAGGAGGAUGUACACCAAGGAGCACGCAGAGUUGCUGGAGCUGAGAGAGACGCUCAUGCAGAAUGAGAGGUCGUUUGGUUCACAAACCGAAAGAGAUGACUUCCGUGGCAAGAAGCCGACAUCACAGUACUACAAGCCGUCUGGCCGGCGGGUGAGCGUACCAGCAAUCCCCCGCUCUGGUCCGAGCAACAUGCUCUUUGACAUGUCCAAGACACAAGACGGCUCAGAGGCUGAAACAGAGAGACUGACAAGGCGAUCCCCAUGGAAUGUGGCAGGGAAGAGCACGGCGCGCCCCCCACUAAAACGCUUUGUUAGCUCUGUGGCCUGGGUUGAAACUGAAGAGCCCUCUCUCAUGAUGAAGGGUCCAAGCCCUUCCUCCAGCCCUACAUCUACAGAUACAGGAAUGGCCCAGUCUCUGUCCCAUGGCCUGACAUCUUCCCGGGCGGCCACGGCUGCAGCAGUAGCCAGAGGUGGCAGGGGACUCUGGCUUUGGUUGGCGAUGGUGGUGGUGUUAGCAGGUCUCUUGGCACUGCUGGCCAGCUUGGUGAUGCAGCCAGUGGUAGAUGCAGCCCCUGUCGGGACUGGGGACUCCUGGAUGACCAUCCAGCAGCUGCUGUGGCCCUAUGCAGGCCUCCGGCACAACGGACAGCCCCCUGUCUAGCCCCCGAGACCCAGGGUGGAUGGUUUUACUGCCUAUCAGCCCUCUGCAAUGAUCUGUGCACUGGGGUGUUGAUGAAGAAAGUACAGUGUACCACUCCUGAGUGGAGGCUGUUGGGAUGUUUACUGGUGCCUGAAGAUUCCUAAAACAAGACUUGCAUUGACAGCACAGACCAGGCCUCAGGGGAUAGUAAACCUUUAUGGAGGAUUUUAUGCAUCACAUCACGUUUGCUAAAUUAGUUAGUCUGUGUGUGCGUGUCUGUGUUUUCAGAGAAGAAGCAGUUACAGGUGGUGGCAACCAGUGUCCUUUUUAUGGUGAGCUGCUUGACAUCCUUUUUUCCCCCCUGCUGGCAACGGACUACCCAGACUCAACGCAAUCUGUCUGUUGAUCAGUCUUUUGUCAGAGCUGGCACAAGGUUGACCAAUCGUGUCACAACUUCAUCAGAAUGAUGGCACUGAUCCACCAAGUCAUGCAGUGGGCCGCUGUGCAGUUUUCCAUUGACAAACAUCAUGGACGAUGACUGAUUGUUCCACAUGGCUUAUAAAAACAUUUCAUGCACAAACAGGAAACCGGACUGCCAGCCCUUUUAAUGGAAUUUUCCAUUCAUUUCCUUGUGGGUUGCAGACAUUUUAUAACUUAAUUCUAUAAACACUGGUAAUAAAGUUUUAAUAAGUGUUUUAAAAAUUUUGAAAUUUAUAUUUAUGAGUUGCUUAGUGUUGAGUGGGGAGAUGAAUCAGUUUAUUUUUUUUAAGUUAUAAUUCUACAUUGUUACAGUCUUAACACCAAAGGGGUUUUUUAUUUUUCUCUUUAAGUUCUUGCUGUGGUUGUCACCAUUUUAACUUCAUACACUUUUGUAUGUUCCAAAGAUGUGUGAAACUUGCACAAAUAAAGUAGCCAAUUCUACAAUA